UGUAACUUAGAGGGUACAGUAAUUGAGUUAUCGUCAAAAAUGGCCACUUUUUGCGCAGUAUUUGUUGUACUUUGUGCUCUUGUUGCAGUCAACGGCGACCAGAAAUUGCAUCCAUUGUCCGACGAAUUUAUUGAUUUAAUCAAUUCCAAGCAAAACUUCUGGAGAGCCGGCAGAAACUUCCCGGAGAAUACGCCAAUUUCACACCUGAAGAAUUUGCUCGGUGCCUUGGAAGAUAAACAUUUCCAUAAUUUAGAAAAAGUGGACCAUCUCGACGAUAUAGCGACUCGUAGUAGUCUCCCAGAGAGCUUUGACCCGAGGGACAAAUGGCCGAACUGUCCUUCCUUGAAUGAAAUAAGAGAUCAAGGCUCAUGCGGCAGUUGCUGGGCGUUCGGUGCUGUGGAAGCGAUGACCGACAGGUACUGUACAUAUUCUGAUGGCAAACAACAUUUCCAUUUCUCUGCUCAGGAUCUUUUAACUUGUUGUGACGAUUGCGGCUCUGGCUGUAACGGGGGUUACCCUGUAGCAGCUUGGAAUUAUUGGCAGAAUUAUGGUAUAGUGUCUGGAGGGAAUUAUAACUCGAGUGAAGGGUGCAAACCAUACACGAUACCGUCCUGUGAGCAUCAUGUAGAUGGGCCACUGCCGCCGUGCGGUAAAAUUCCUUCUACUCCAUCUUGUGUUCAUACUUGUGAGUCUGGUUACAAUACAGAUUAUGAAAAAGACAAGCGUCGAGGUAAAGAAGUUUACAGUGUAGAUUCUAAUGAGGAGAGUAUAAAAGCUGAACUGUUCAAAAAUGGGCCUGUAGAGGUGGCCUUCGUGGUUUAUGAAGACUUUUUUAAUUACAAAGAAGGAGUUUAUGUACAUACAGGUGCACCAUACGCUGGCCGUCAUGCUGUCAAGAUGUUGGGCUGGGGAGUAGAAAAUGGCGUUAAGUACUGGCUUGUCGCAAAUUCGUGGAACUCUAGUUGGGGAAACAAAGGAUUCUUCAAAAUACUGCGUGGAGAGGACCACUGUGAAAUAGAAUCUGCGGUUGUAGCUGGUGAACCAUUAUUCGCAUAAGUCUAUUAAUUGGUACGGUUUACGUAUUAACACAAAUUAUUCGCGAAGACUUGAGAUGUUGAAUUCUUCAAAACAAUAUUGUAAUCCCUAUGUGGUUUUUAAUGAAUUGGUUGAAUGUUUCGGCUUUUAAAUAAGAAUUUAUGUAUAUUACAAUAAUGUUGUAGAGACACCCACACAUAUACACCCAUGUAAUUGAGAUCAGCAGAUGCAGAUCUACAAACAGUACCAUACUUGGUUGAUUUUCAAAUACAAAUGGCAAAUCAUUAAUAAAGACCAAAAAGAGAAAGGGACCCAAUAUAGAACUAUCUUCUAAGUAAAAUUUUAACAGACGGAGCGAAGUAUUUCUAAUCCCAAAGUGAUCUAAUUUGAGGAAAAGUGUCUCGUGGUCAACGUAAUUGAAGGCUUUUGAGAGAUCACUCACGUACGAGUAUACACCUCUGUAAAUACAUGUACAAUGUACAUGGCUGUGCGUUCAAUAUUAUAUCAUAUUCCCAUUCCCUCCUUAAAUAAAAACUGAGACCAGUCUUCGUGUAAUAGUGAACCGGGCCGAAAGUUUUAUGUAAUCCGAUUUUUAUGUAAUAAUUUCUGUUUUCAUUGCUGUCUUCUAUUGUGUCCUUGUGUGAACAAUACAAUUUAUUACUUGGAAA